ACAAACGGGACACCGUACUUUUCCCGGAAGUUUUCUCCGUACUGCAAUAUUUUCGCACGGCGCUGCUCGCCUUAAGUACAGCCGUACUGUACGGUCUGUGUUCUUUAAAGGUUUGAGCUCGUUACGCUGAAGAUGUCGGGGAGCACCCGACUGGAGAACGCAAACCCGCUCAUCUUCGAGCGGAGUUUGGAGCGCGUCGUGACGGCGGAGGAGGAGGACGAGAGCCUCGCGGACCCCAUCGACGACAGGGAGAUCUUCGAUCUUAUCAGAUCCAUAAACGACCCCGAGCAUCCGCUGUCCCUGGAGGAGCUGAAUGUGGUGGAGCAAGUCAGAGUUCGCGUUAACGACCCGGAGAGCGCGGUGUCCGUGGAGUUCACCCCGACGAUCCCGCACUGCAGUAUGGCCACCCUCAUCGGCCUCUCGAUCAAAGUGAAACUGCUGCGCUCUCUGCCGCACCGCUUCAAGAUUGAUGUGCACAUCACGCCAGGCACCCACGCUUCAGAGGAAGCAGUGAACAAGCAGCUUGCAGACAAGGAGAGGGUGGCAGCAGCUUUGGAGAACUCUCAGCUUCUGGAGGUGGUGAACCAGUGUCUGUCUUCCAGGACUGCAUGACCUGCCUAAACUGCUCACUUUUUUUUUUUUUUUUUUGUCCCAAUCUGAACUCAUUUUGUGGACUGUUUUCUGUUUUUUUCCACAAACAGAGCCUUGUUUUGUACAGUAAUUAUAGUAGCUGUGAUGCACAAGACUAAGACUAAGUAGGAAUUAAAACAGUGUUUUCCCCACAAUAAUAUAUUAAAAUGUCACUC